AUGGCGUACAGCCCCAGUAAUCCGCCGUUGAACUGUGCCCGCGAGGUAGAUACCAGCGUUUUUGCUGGCAAGACCGCAGUCGUCACGGGAGGAGCCAGUGGGUUGAGCGAAGCAUAUGUGCGAGCUUUGGCGGCGGCAAGUGUGGCCGUUGUCAUAGCGGAUGUCGAUCCUGUCAGAGGCAGCCAGCUGUCGUCGCAGCUCACCAAUACGAGGUUUGUCCAUUGCGACGUUCGAAAGUGGGAGGAUCAAGUACGGGUAUUCGAAGAAGCCGCAAAGUUCUCACGUACGGGACGACUCCACUACGUGGUCACCAACGCUGGAGACGGACCGGCGAAGCCUGACCUUAUUACGAUCGAUAUCAACUUGCAAGGGACGUUAUUCACCACCAAACUGGCAACCCAUUACUUCAUCAAACAAAACGGGACCACCCAGUCGAAUGACCAGGAAGACACUUGUCUGGUCUUGAUCGGGUCCGGUGCGGCAUUUCUCGACUGUCCACGAGGACCAUGCUAUCAGGCGACCAAGUGGGCGAGCAGAGGUAUUAUGCACUCUUUGCGAAGAACGUCACACUUUCACGGGAGUAGAGUGAACAUGAUCUCGCCAUGGUACGUCCAGACAAACAUUCUGACACCAGAAGCAUUCGACCACGUUCGCCGAAGUGGGGUUGAUCUGGCUUCAGCGGAGGACGGAGGUCGCUGUCUGCUGCGGAUUCUGAGCGAUCGGUCAAUCAACGGCCGCUCGCUAUUCCUCUCGCCAAAGAAAUGGGCCUCGUCGGGGUACAUCGACCUGGACAUUGAUGAAUACAUGGGCAACGAGCGGCUCCAAGAGAUCCAAGCGGAUCAAAUAAAGUCUGCUCCGAUUGAGCUUGGCUUGUUUGGGGCCUCGGACUACUGA